CGAAGCUUCGACAACAACAAAAUGACAUACAGAUAUUAUAUAUGGGUGUUGUUUUGGAAAUUGAAAUAUAAAUGUAAAUGUAUAUUUUAAGUAAUAUGUAAUGAUGAGGGGCAGCACAAACAAAUAUGUAAAGCCGAGCGACAAUCUACAUUUUGUUUGUGUCGCUACCCGUAGGCCGGCUAGUGCGAGUGCGGAUGUCAAUCAGCUGGAGAAACCCUAAACAACAACAACAGAUUCAACAAAACUGCAAGAAAGACAAAAAAACCAAAAAAAAAAAACAAAAACAAAAACAAACUGUUAAAAUAAAGCGUUCAAACUAGAAGCGAAGAAGAAGAAAAAGGAACAGCAGCCGAAACAUAAGUUGAAGCCACUACAACAACGUGAACAGUUAGCAGAAUAAGAAGAAGCAGCAGCAGAAGAAGAAGAAGCCAAAUUCAAAGGCAAAGCCAACAAGUGCAAGUGAAAAGGCGCCACCACGCAUUACGUAACAGUAUUUUGUCGCCGGCCAUAGCGCACGCCAUUGGUGGAAGAGAGAGCCAGAUAGCAGCUGCACAGCCAUCAGGACUGAGGUUAAGAAUUGGACACAGUCGUUGAGGAACUCUUUCCUGAGGCGGAGGAAAUGUAUUCGGCUGUGAAGCCACUGUCCAAGUAUUUACAAUUUAAAUCGAUUCGCAUCUACGAUGCCGUCUUCACAAUACACUCCAAAUGCACAGUGGUCAUAUUGCUGACUUGCUCCCUGCUGCUGUCGGCGCGACAGUACUUCGGUGAUCCCAUUCAGUGCAUUAGUGAAGAGAAGAACAUUAACUAUGUGCAAUCGUAUUGCUGGACCAUGGGAACCUACAUCAUCAAAUUGGACAAUUUCAGUGAUCGCCAGCUCCUGCCCACGCCUCCACCGUUCCGAGCCGGGCGCAAUCGCGUCAGCUUGCGUCGCCUGGCCGAUUACAAUGAGGAGUAUGCUCGGGCGAUAUCGAUUGCGGAGGGCGUCGGUCCCGAGGUGAGGGGCCAGACGCAGCGCGUCUACUUGCGCUACUAUCAGUGGGUCAUCAUCCUGCUGCUGUUCGAAUCGUUCAUCUUCUACUUUCCGUCGUGCCUGUGGAAGGUGUGGGAGGGCCAGCGCUUGAAGCAACUCUGCUCGGAGGUGGGCGAGGCACUGCUCUCGGAGCAGACCUACAACACACGGCUGCGAUUGUUGGUGAAGUAUUUUACCACCGACUACGAGGACAUGCACUACUGCUACAUGGCCAAGUAUGUCUUCUGCGAGCUUCUCAACUUUGUGAUCAGCAUACUCAACAUUUUGGCUCUAGAGGUGUUUCUCAACGGUUUCUGGACCAAAUACCUGCAUGCGUUGGCAACGAUACCACUCUACGAUUGGGAUCGCUGGAAUCACAUCUCGUCGCGGGUCUUUCCGAAGAUCGCCAAGUGCGAGGUGCUCAAGUAUGGGGCCAGCGGCACGGCCAGCAUUAUGGACAAUCUCUGCAUACUUCCGCUGAACAUACUGAACGAAAAGAUCUUCGUAUGCCUCUGGUGCUGGUUCCUGCUGAUGGCCUUCAUGUCCGGAUUGAAUCUGAUCUGUCGCCUGGCCAUGAUGCUGAGUCGAACACUACGCGAGCUACUGAUACGCAGCCAGCUGCGCUUCAUGACCAAACAGCAUGUCCAGCACGUCUUCAGGGAUCUGACCAUCGGCGAUUGGUUCCUGCUGAUGAAGGUUAGCGUCAACGUCAAUCCAAUGCUCUUCCGUGAUCUAAUGGACGAACUAUGCGAGCUGCGCAGCAUCCACAGCUCCACUUCCUCCCUCACUCUGCUCGAAAGCCCCGCCUAGUCUGUCGCAUAGUUAACUAUAUUAAAUUUCUUAUUCCAACAAUCGUCAAUUGUUAACCGCCAA